AUGGCAGAUUCAGUAACUCCGAUAGGUAAUCGAUAUAUUGAAUCAAAUGAUUCGGAUAUUCAUUUUCUUCGAACUUGGGCUGUUCGUCGAUGUCAACACACAGAUUGGGAUGUUUGUGAGAGGAUUCGAUUAGUGGAAUUGCAAGAAGCAAGAGAUCGAGCAGCUCAGAUGGAAAAAACUAUGAGAUGGUGGUCGAAUUGUACAGCAGAGUGGAGAAAUCGCUGGAGGUAAUCGAUUUUUUAAAGUUAUUUUUAGUCUGGUGCCUAACAAAUAGUUAUUUCUUGGAUUAUUAGACCAAACAUUUUUUGACGAAAAAAAAAUCCACAUGGAAUAUAAUUUCUAGGGACUUAGUUUUCUGAUAUAGAAUCCAGAGAGAUCCAAAUUUCAGCGCAGUCCGUGACGAACGAAAUCGUGCUCGCGAAGAAGCUGAAACUCUCCGCUACAAUUAUGAUCUGCUAUUAGAAGAACGUGAAAAAUCGAUAAUCAGUUCACAAGAAUCGUCGCCAGAAUUGGAACUUAGGCCAAAAUUACACGUGGCAGUACAAACAUGCGAAAAUGCUGCAGGAAAUUCGAAUUUUCUGGGGUAAGUGAGAUGGGGUUGAAAAAGUUGAUUGAGGUUUCAAGACCGGAUUCUAGGCACCGGAAUUAAUUUCUAGGUCAUAGAAAUCUCUUCUUGUUUCAGAAAAAUUAGCGAAAUUGACGAGCAAAUUGCGGCGGAAACCGAAUUUCUCAAAGAUCAAACAUUCGAACUACAAAAAGCACGCGAAAAAAUCGACGCCGAUUCGAAAAUCAUCGAUGAAUUGCGGGAAAAAGUGGAGAAAAUGGAACGAGAACUGCAAAAUGCGGGAAAAAAUAAGCGAGCUUCGAGUUCGUAA